AUGGCAACCUCAAAGUUUGUAUCCAAUACUCACGACCCAAAUCCUUCUUCUGGAGCCUAUGCUGAUACGGAUCAAGCAAGCCUGAAGGACGAUGAAUUAGGCAGAAAGAUCUCUUUUUCAACAGCGCCAUUGCUUCUUGAGGCCUACAAUGCCAUUACAGAUUCUCUAUUAAGAGUUGAAGUUCCAGAAAGUCAAACUGUAUCAACCUUGUCAGAUAUCUUGCCUAUGCCAAGCUUUUUACCAGUCUCAGGCGAUGAUAUGGCAGAUUUUCUUGCUUCCAGUGAUUAUAGAAGUCGACACGGUGUAUCUUCGUUCUUUUGCAGCAAACCAUUAAGGGGAAAGGAUAAAUAUCUCAAUUUAACGCAUCCACUCCGAGACAUGAAUGGUCGCUGUCAUUCUUUUCCUACAUACUUUCCUAGAGAAAUAUGGCGGCGGGAACGUCUUCUACGUCCUGAGAAGAGAACCUACGAUGCUCAGCGGUACAAGAAUAGUGAUUUUACUAUCCCCCGCGAUCCUCAAGCUGCCAGCAGUGCGCUUGAUUACAACUCUGCGUGCUGUGCUAACGAAAGUAACUGGAUCCCUCUCUCAAGCAGUCAUGGGUAUAAUCAACCGAGCUCCGUCAGCUCAGAGGACAUGAUACGAACGCUAGCGCAUGGUAUGGCACUCGGUGGAUUUAACUAUAUCGCACCACUCGCUAGAUCACAAAAACAUUACGGCAAUGGUGUCAUGCCAUGCUAUUCAAUACGAUCUGUAUCCUCUGGUGCAGCACCUUUAUGGUUUCCAGAAAAUUAUUUCCCAAGGUUGGAUGAACCUGGAGACACACAUGUGCCUUAUGAACUCGAGCAACAUGCAUCGUGCAUGGAUUCCAUUUCUUGUCAUGAUACAGCUGCACCAGGGCCACGCGAUGGCCGAAAGGUAGGCCCAUCGUUAACUAAUACAAAAUCAUUUAGUGAUCUUAAUGAUGAUGCUACCCUUUUUCAUCCAACCACCUCGCGUUUUGUAUCGCGUUCUUGGUGGGGGCCACCGACGCUCGCUCCGAUGCCUUUUGGUAGUGAUGCCGAAACACCCACCAUCAUCAGUCAGGAUGGUUGUUUUUUGAUAGCUCCCUCACAAGAGGAAGACGAGGGAAGUCUCAUGGCGUCCACAAAUCCAAACAAUGUGUCGGAUACAUCUCACUACGCCCUAACGGACACACCUCGACACCUCCUGGUGCCCUUUCCACGUCGCCCACACAAAUCUUCUUCUAGGACGGCAGACAGCGAAAAGAUUCGACACACUUCCUCAGAAGUUGGUGACUCUUUCUCUCAUGAAAAGAGCAUCUCAACCUCACUCUCGCUUGUGUGCAAAAUGCCAUCCUUGGCCGACCAUUCUUUCCCACUUGCCCCGCACACCGAUGCACGGGUGUUAGAAAAACAGAACGAUCUUAAAUCAAAGGCAGUUGCUUUAUCUUAUCCAACGAGUCGACAGCAGUGUUGUGUGCCAUAUGACAACGCCUUACAUGAGUCCUCCCCACUGGCAUGGGGCCAAUGGCGGGACUUGUUCUCGCGAAAACGACUAUCGCGUGAAACAAGCCUCUUGAUGCGCUCAACUACAUGCUCAUCAUCAGGUGAGUCUGAGUCAAGCCUAUCCAGGUACCAAAACUCACCGCAUGGCUCCGACGCGUCAUCGUCGAGAUUUCUCACAAUGGCAUCGGAACAGCAUCUUGAUUCCAACGCUAAACAAUGCGAAGAUUCACUAAUGUGUGUAGGUAAAAACGAAAAGCUCUAUUCGAGGCCCUUACCGCGUCGUUUCAGUACGAACUCAGGUGUGGCUUCUCGUCCAGCACAAGUUACCUCGGCGGCGCUGCAGCAGAUUCCCCUUCGAGGACAUUGCUCCAGCACAUGCACCUUCGGAUUUGUCAUGGUACCUUCACAUCAGCAGGUAUGCAACCCAACCCAUAAAAAUGAAUCUGUCUUAAAUCACCCAAGCUCACCACUCAUAAGACUUGAGCAUGACAGCAGCAUGAAUUCUCUCCUUGCUUCAGAUGCUAGUUGGUCUAGCUGUCAUGCUGUUGUCAUGGGCCCUGUAUUUAGUUCCUCCCUCACCACAUCGCUGACACACCUCUCCCUACACUCCUCACUACUGAAGGAUGGACACCAAACUAGUGAAUCGCCUCUACCAUUAGCUGCGGCAACGUGGGCAGGAAUAUCAAACUUUCAGGCUAUGGUCUCUCGAUACAACCAGAGUGAUACUUCAUCCAUGGUUGCCUUGCCACGCUGGAAUCGUACACCAUCUGAGAGCUUGUUAUUAAAUGGGAACAGCUACACCUUUGAAUCGGACGCCAUAUCGAGGCAUCCACUGCACAGCCCAAACUGCAUCAAUAUGUGUAAUUUGGAGUGCUCCGCAGUAUCACCAAUCGAUAUGGGGAUGGGCUAUGAUAAACUGCUCGCGAGAUCCCUUUUGAGCAGCACCGGUCGGACUUUAGCGGGGCAUCAAAAAUCAAUUGAGUCGGAGACAACCCUGUUAGGACAGCCCAUCGAACCGCUACCGCUGAUAUUCCCGGAAAUGCUCCCCUUGGACCACCAAUCCAUUUCGUCCACAACAGGCUCUCAAGAAGGAAUGAUGGAACGCAUUUUGAGGAGUAGUGGAAUCGUGAUGUCUGUGGCUGGUGCUGCAACAGCAACAACUACGACCUGUCAACAUAAAAAAACAGUAUCCCCACAUGCUUCUCCACUUUACUGUUCUAUCUCGUGUAGCCCGAUACGGCAAGAAGAUGGUCACAUCACAAGCUCGCCCGCGACGCAUUCGGCAGAAACAUUCUCCUCUAGAAGCGGAAAAGGUGCACAGUCGUGUCGAACGAUAGGUGAAUUUAAAAGUAAUACCUUGGGGAAUUUCUUCACUACACGGGAAGGUGUAGUUAAAGUUCCGUCGUUCGUGAGUCCGGUGGAUGUCGAGGCACUACUUGAUGCUGCAGAGGAAAGGAUGCGUAGGUCGGGAACCCGAAUCGUCCAUCUCAGCUAUUUAAAUGACGGAAUCAAGACCUUUCCAAAGAGCUUUAUUAUCGGGCCUGAUUCCUCUGAGGUGGAUACCUCAGAGAGUUUCAUCUCCGCAACGUCUUACCCAAAGUCACCACUGGAUGCAUCAAAAAGAGCUGUGGGUGACGACUUUUUAUAUGUGAAGAAUACUAAGAAACAAAACGGCGAAAUUCGUUAUGGGAUGGAUGUCUACAGGGCCAGUGUGUCAACUUCUCAACAAAACUCCCUCGAUUUCACCCUAACCUCGUUUGGGGAAGAAUAA